AGGUGGCUGCACUCUCAGCUCGCGUCGGGGAACCGCCCGCCGGCGGAGGCAGCUUUGGCGCUGCACUUGAGUCGGUACUCGCUCGCUAGCUCUGCGGGCACAGGAGCGACACCGCCGGCGCCUCUCCUCGCCGAGGCUCUGGCCCGCAACCGAGCCCAGCCGCUUAUGCCGGCCGGGCCGAGGCGCUUCAUUUGCAGGCUCGCAACCGCCCAAGUUUGCCCGAUGCUGCAGGGAGCAACGGAAAAGAGAACCAGGAGUUUUCAGACCUGUGAGCUCCUUCCUGAAUCUGUUCCUGCCUUUUGACUUGCCAACCAUGGUUAACACAUACCAGUAUAUAGUGUUGUGGCUCAUUAAGAGAGCCCUGCCCCAUCUUUCAUUGGAAGCACACAAAUGGUUGCGUCAAGAAGGAACUGCUGUCUUUGUGGGGAAGGAUAACUGAGCUUGCCUUCCAUGGUUUCUGCUCUCCUCCAGAACCCAAACCUUUUUUACAUAUCCAGGAUUUGCAAAGGAAUGUUUACAAAGAAGUUGGAAAACAAUACAAAGAAUAAACAAGACAGCUCUCAAAGCAAAAAGGAACUAAAUAUUUCCCAAAUUGGCCAAGUAAAGCUAUUCUCAAUUAGUUUAAAAAGCACAGUAAAAAAAAUAGCUAAGCAUACCUCUGUUCACAAUUGGUCAGCUAAAGAGGAGAGAAAUAACCAUGAAUUUUCUUUGUCUCCAACUUUCAGCUAUCGGGCAGCUAUUGCAAACGGAUUGCAACAGAGAGUUUUCUUAAAUGAGAAUGAAGAUCCUUUUCAAGACGCAUCUUCCAACGAGAGUUCACUCUCAGAGUUUUUAAGUGAAGCCAAAGACCAAAACAGGAGCAAAGAAUAUUCAUUGCACAUGAUGCCCAUGAGGCGCAACAGGAAGAGUGUGAGUAGCCUUGCCCCUUCAGAUGGCAGUUCCGAAGGGGACCGCACACUGCACAACCUCAAACUUGGUGCUUUACGGAAGUUGAGGAAAUGGAAGAAGAGCCAGGAGUAUGUCUCCUCAGACUCCGAGCUCAGCAUGUGGAAAAAAACCUGGGGCCUGAGGAGUAAGUCUUUGGACAGAGCUGCUCGCCCGCCAAAGUCCAGCACCUUGGAAGCAAGCUUGAGUUCCACUGGUUGCAUCAGUCAGACCCACGAUGUGAUGGAAAUGAUAUUCAAAGAGCUUCAGGGGAUCAGUCAAAUAGAAACGGAGCUCUCUGAAUUGCGGGGACACGUCAAUGCUCUCAGAGAGUCCAUUGAUGAGAUCUCCAGCAAUGUGGAAGUCGUGCAGAAUGAAAUUGAACAGUUGAGGACUGGAUUUGUACAAUCACGCAGGGAGACACAUGAUAUAUAUGACUAUAUCAAGCAACUUGGACAUGCAGGAAGCAAAACUAGUCUUAGAUUUUUAAACGUGCCAGAGGAGAAGUUUGAGAAUGUUGAACAUGUAGUGCACAGAAUAUUAAUAGAGAAAAUGGGAUUCUCAGAGGCUCAAAAUUCUGUCAGAAUAGAAUUUGCACAGCGACUGGGACAACAGAGAGACUGUCCUAAUACCAAGCCACGAGCCAUCCUUGUUUAUUUUGAAGCAUCCCAGCACAGAGACUUGGUUCUGAAAAAGUCUUACAAGCUUAAGGGGACUGGGAUUGGGGUUUCAGCUGAAAUUCUCCCUCGAGAUUCAAAAGAGCGGAAGCAGAGACGUCUCCCUUCGUCUCAGACGUAUGAGAGCAUGGAUCUGAAAUGCCUAGCUGCUGAUCUCAGAGACAGAGAACAGGAUUGGGAGUUGCUUGAUAACCAUGGCAAAGAACUGGAAUCUGAUAUAAGUCGGAACAGGUAUACAAAAAUAUCCAAAUCUGCACCACAAAUAAAAAGUUCUGCAAAAGACAAGGGAGAUGUUCUUAAAAGGGCUCCAGGCAGCAACGCUUUCCCAAAUCAAGGCAGCCCACUGAAGGAGAUCAAAGCCAGCAGCUCUUCCAACAUGACCUCUCUGUGGCCAUCACAGGACGAUUUGGCAGCACUGAAGCUCAGUCAUUCAGAGUCUGAUUUUUCUAAACUCUGCCAAUCUUUUUCCGAAGACUUUUCAGAGAACCAACACUUCAUCAAAACGAAUGGGAGCUCGCUUUUAUCUUUUUCCGACCGGGAACUCUGGCAGAGAACACAGGGUGACCCCGCCGAGUGGAGUGGUGAUCUGCAGGAGCAGGGGUUUAAUCCAGAAGGGCUCCCUCAAAGACUUGAGAGUGAAAUUGAGAAUACAGAAACCAUCGACAGUGGGGUCAGCAACGGGAUGGCGUGUGCCUCAGGAGACCGGAGCCACUAUAGUAACUCUCAGAUUUCUUUAGAGGACGUGCUUUCUCCAUGGAAAGAUUGGAAUCAGCUAGACCAGAAUAGAGACAUGGGAGUAGAUGCCUCAAGCUAUAAACAUUUGGGUUAUAACUUAAAUGAUUUUCCCCAUCAACAGGUAGACCUCGGCCAGUUCUCAGAUGCGCCGUAUGAGACAGAAAAUUAUGAUUACACCCUAGACAGUCACUGCCUCUCUGGGGGAGGCUCCACUGCUGAAAUGCUGUGGUCCGAGCAGCUCACUGAGCGGCAGGAGGCUAGAGCCGAUGCCCUCUUUCCGACCCAAAACAGGAAGCCUGUGAUGUAUCGAAGCCAAAGUGAAUUGCCCAGCACGGAUGCUGAGGAAGGGCCUCCCAAGUCUUGGCAUAGCUGGCUGAGCAUUGACCUUUCCGACAAAACCCCCCUCUUUCCCAAAUUCGGAAACACCCUGCAACGGGCAAGGUCAGCUUUGGAAGUGGUAUGGAAUAAGAGCACCCAGAGUUUAAGUGUCUGUGAGGACAGCGGGUCAUCUUUUAUGGGGAGAUUUCGGACACUCUCUCAGUCCACUGCUAAUGAGUCAAGCACCACCUUGGACUCUGACAUUUACACAGAGGCGUCCUAUUACCGAGCUGAAGAUGGGGAAGAAGAUCCCAGCGAAUCCACGGGCGAUCUUGAAACAGAUUAUGUGGAAGUCAUGGAGCAAGUCCUUGCUAAGCUGGAGAGCAGAAGGAGCGCAACUGAGCUGGAAAAACAGGUGCAGGAAGGGGAAGUGGAGGCAGCAGCGGUUUCACGAGAAGGCUCUCCUGGUGGCAGUUUGGAGAACCAGGUGGCCGAUCAGCCUACGUGGGAAGUUGCCGGGCAAGGCAUGCUGGUUGGAGGUGGACUAGAUGCAUGUGAAGAUGAAAAUAAGAAUAUUCCAGUAGUCCCUGCUAAAGCGCCCAUUCAAAAAAAAGGCACCCCAUCUUUUAAAGAAGCUGCUCUGAGGGCAUACAAGAAGCAGAUGAGCGAACUGCAGGAAAAGGUUCUUGCUGGAGAAAGCAGUUCUGUGGAUGAAAAGGCUCUUACUGUCAGCGGACGUUCUUUGGAGGCUUCCAAACUUGCCAUCCAAGCUUUUGCUGGCCCUGGGAGUGCUCUUUACGGGAUCGACAGCAUGCCAGACCUGCGACGGAAGAACACAUUCCCUGUCAUCCGAGAUGUGACGCUGGCUGCCCGAAAGCCGGGGGUCUCGCUGGCCAUGCUUGUCCGGACAUCCCCGAAUAACGAGAUGAAGCUGCACGUUUUCAAAAAGACUCUGCAGGCGCUCAUCUACCCCAUGUCCUUGACCACUCCACACUACUUUGAAGUGUGGACAGCCACAGCCCCCACCUAUUGCUACGAGUGCGAAGGGCUGCUCUGGGGCAUUGCCCGGCAGGGAAUGAGAUGCAGUGAGUGUGGAGUGAAAUGCCACGAGAAGUGCCAAGACCUCCUCAAUGCCGACUGCCUUCAGAGGGCAGCAGAGAAGAGCUCAAAGCACGGGGCUGAAGAUAAAACCCAAAGCAUCAUUACAGCCAUGAAGGAGCAGAUGACAAUUCGGCAGAAAAACAGACCCGAGAUCUUUCACCUGAUCCAGGAGGUGUUCCAGGUUUCAGAGGAAGAAUUCUCAAAGCACACAAAGACGGCUAAACAGAGUGUCCUGGAUGGCACCUCCAAGUGGUCAGCAAAAAUAACAAUCACAGUGCUUUGUGCCCAAGGCUUGCAAGCAAAGGACAAAACUGGCUCCAGUGAUCCAUACGUUACUGUGCAAAUUGGUAAAACAAAAAGGAGAACAAGGACUAUCUUCGGAAACUUGAAUCCAACAUGGGAUGAAAAGUUUUAUUUCGAAUGCCACAAUUCCACAGACAGAAUAAAGGUCAGAGUUUGGGAUGAAGACGAUGAUAUUAAGUCACGAGUGAAGCAGCAUUUCAAAAAAGAAUCGGAUGACUUUUUGGGACAAACUAUCAUCGAUGUGAGAACUCUGAGUGGGGAAAUGGAUGUCUGGUACAACCUGGAUAAGCGCACUGAUAAAUCUGCUGUUUCUGGGGCCGUUCGACUGAAACUCAAUGUUGAAAUCAAAGGGGAAGAGACGGUCGCACCAUAUCACAUGCAGUACACCUGCUUACAUGAGAGCCUCUUCCACUACUUGACUGAGGUGAAAGCAGGUGGAGCUGUUCAGAUCCCAGCAGUCACAGGGGAGGAUGCCUGGAAGGUGUACUUUGAUGAUGAUGCUGCACAAGAGAUUCUUGAUGAAUUUGCAAUGCGCUAUGGAGUUGAAAACAUCUACCAAGCGAUGACGCACUUCUCUUGCCUGUCUUCCAAAUACAUGUGCCCUGGGGUUCCAGCUGCUAUGAGCACUUUGCUAGCCAACAUCAAUGCUUUUUAUGCUCACACCACAGCCACCACCAGUGUCUCUGCUUCUGAUCGAUUUGCUGCCACUAACUUUGGGAGAGAAAAGUUCAUCAAACUCCUGGAUCAGCUGCACAAUUCCUUGAGGAUUGAUCUCUCUAAAUACAGGGACAAUUUUCCUGCCAGCAGUCCGGAGAGGCUUCAGGAUCUAAAAUCAACUGUCGAUCUCCUAACAAGCAUUGCAUUUUUUCGCCUGAAAGUUCUAGAGCUGCCAAGUCCCCCUCGAGCAAGCACCGUCGUGAAGGACUGUGUCCGGGCCUGCUUGGAUUCCACGUACAGAUAUAUUUUUGAUAACUGCCACGACCUGUAUGCUCAGUUAAUGGACCAGGGGAAGAAGCAAGAUAUUCCUCGGGAGGAACAGGGUCCAACGAUUAAGAAUUUGGAUUUCUGGACGCAGCUCAUUACCCUGAUGAUCACCAUCAUUGAUGAAGACGGAGCUACCUAUACUCCUGUCCUGAACCAGUUCCCUCAGGAGCUGAACAUGGGCAAAAUCAGCACAGAGGUCAUGUGGGUCCUCUUUGCACAGGAUAUGAAGUUUGCUCUGGAAGAGCAUGAAAAGCACAGGUUAUGCAAGAGCACAGACUAUAUGAAUUUACACUUCAAAGUGAAAUGGUUUUAUAAUGAAUAUGUGCAAGAGCUCCCCUCAUUCAGAGACACGGUGCCUGAAUACUCUCUGUGGUUUGAGCCAUUUGUCAUGCAGUGGCUUGACGAAAAUGAGGAUGUCUCCAUGGAAUUCCUCCACGGCGCAUUGGGAAGAGACAAGAAAGAUGGGUUCCAGCCCACAUCAGACCACGCUCUCUUCUCUUGCUCAGUGGUAGAUGUCUUCACACAACUCAACCAGAGCUUUGAGAUCAUAAAGAAGCUGGAAUGUCCUAAUCCUGCAGCACUUUCUCAUCUCAUGAGAAAAUUUGCAAAGAUAAUCCACAAAGUGCUUACUCAGUAUGCUGCAGUUAUAACAAAGGAUUUCAGUUCUUACUGUGAUAAGGAAAAUGUGCCCUGCAUCUUGAUGAACAACAUUCAGCAGCUGAGAGUACAACUUGAGAAGAUGUUUGAAGCCAUGGGUGGGAAAGAGCUGGACCCCGAGGCCAGUGAGACCUUGAAAGAGCUGCAGACCAAGCUCAGCAGUGUCCUGGAUGAGCUCGGCCUGGCUUACAGCACCAGUUUCCAGCUUCUCAUUGAGGAAUGUGUGACCCAAAUGAGCCUGGAGUUAAAUCGGAUGAGAGGAGACGGAGGAACAGCAGGCAGCAACAGCGCCGUGCAGGCUGAGAUUGUGCUGCGCCCCUUGAUGGAUUUCCUUGACAAAACCUUAAGUACCUCAGCAAAAAUCUGUGAGAAGACUGUUCUGAAGCGGCUUUUGAAAGAGCUCUGGAAGUUGGUCCUGAGCAGAAUAGAAAGGCAGAUUGUGCUCCCACCUCUGGCAGACCAAACGGGCCCUCCAAUGAUUCUCAGUGCAGCCAAAGAUUUCAGCCAGCUGUCGAAGCUGAAGGACCACGUCAUCCGAGAAGAAGCAAAAAGCCUGACCCCGUGGCAGUGUGCAGUAAUGGAAGUGGUUCUGGCCACCAUCAAGCAAUAUUUUCAUGCUGGAGGAAACGGGCUGAAAAAGAGCUUCCUGGAGAAAAGUCCAAACUUGCUGUCUCUCAAGUAUGCCCUGAAUUUGUACACACAGACGACAGAUGUUCUGGUCAAGAAAUUCAUCAACAGCCAGGCUUCUCAAAGUCAAACAAGAGAUAACACAGUGGGGAAGAUUAAUCUCCAGGUGGAUCUGGCGACGCACCCUGCAACUGGCGAGCAUAAAGUCACUGUCAAAGUUGUAGCCAUCGAGGACCUCGUCUGGCAAACCAGCGCCACCUUCCGCCCCUUUGUGGAGGUCUGCAUUCUGGGGCCCAGCCUGAGCAACAAGCGGAGGAAGCACGGCACCAAAAGCAGGAGCAACACCUGGUCCCCGAAGUAUAACGAGACAUUCCAGUUUCUCCUAAGCAGUGAAGAGCGGCCCAGUGCUUACGAGCUGCACCUCUCCGUGAAGGAUUACUGCUUUGCGAGGGAAGACCGGCUCAUCGGGGUGGCCGUGGUCCAGCUGCGGACCCUCCUGGUGGGCGGCGGCUGCAGCCCUGCAUGGCACCCCCUGCUAAGAAGCAUCUCUGUGGAUGAGGCUGGGCUGACAAUCCUGCAGAUCCUUUCUCAGAGGACCAGCGACGAAGUUGCCAAGGAGUUUGUCCGUCUCAAGUUAGAAACACGGUCCACGGAAGAAACAGCCUGAAAUUCCAGCAGGGAAAUGCAAACUUCCAGUCCCAAGAACCUUGAUCUGUCUUUUUGAUGUCUGACUCAUGCAUGUGUGUGCAAGUCUGUGGGAAUGUUUGACUCUGUUUCUGUGUUUGCCAGAACAUAAAUUCCUGUAUUUGCAAGGUACGUCCAAGAGCUGUUAAUCUUUUCUACAUGUUCAGAUUCUUGAGGAAAAAAAUGGAACUGUUCCAAUGAAGUGCCAAAACUGCAGCAAAGAGCAAAAUUAUGAACUGAUUUUGUCUCAUGACAGCCAUUUCCUCAUGGUGACUUCCUGUUUAACUGUCCUACAGCCCAUGCAACCUCAUGUUACUGCAGACCCAUUUCUCCUGCAUCAUUUUGGACACUUGGCCUUAUUUCCCUCCCAUUUUAUGCAAAGUCUUGCUUUUGAAAUCCUUUUUCUACCAUCUACAGGUGCAGUUACUUCAAGAAAGUGUUUGUAAUUUUAUAGUUGCUGAUUUAAAGAAAUGAUUUUUGCAUACAAACUUUUAAAAAGUGGAAAUGUUUUAUGCUGACCUUUCUUUCCCAGUCUUUCAUACUUAUCACUGUGAGGAAGAGCUGGCAGAGCAAGUUCUCAAGAUGUCUAGUCACGUCUGUUACCAAUUCUUUAAUAUCUUGAGAUUUAUUGCUUACAGGAAUUCUUUAAUUAUGAAGUUUCUUCUCACUUGAUAAAUGAAAGGAAAAAUGGAAAGGAAAAUUGCACCAUCCCCACCAACCAUUUAAUCUCUUAAGGACAGUGAGUGAGAAAAGAUGGUUAAAUCACUAGCUAUUCAUCUGUUCUGGUUACAUCAACCAGAUGUAAGUUGGGAGACUAUUUUUCAAAGUGUGCAAAAGAGGUCCCUACAGUAAUGGAAGGGGGCUUAUGUGCCAGAAUAAAAAGUCCAAAAGGAUGAUUCAACCACCCAGAAUCCUGGUGGGGAACAAUGCAGUCCUGCAGCUGACUAAAAAAGGAAAGAACCACAAGAAACAAGCAAACAGAAGAAGCAGAUUUACACCAUUGCACUACACCCAGCAGUACCAAAGUAUCGCAGGCUGAGACUAGACUUACAGUUUGGGAGCCUGGAGUUUAUCUCUCCAGGAUGCCGCAAAUUUCAUCCACUCCUUUGCUGAUGAACUGGCCAUAUUUUAUAUAUCGUUUUGGAGAAUUUCUGGAGAACCUGAAGACACUGAUGGUUCAAGGAAAUGGCUCCUAUUUUUAAAAAUGGGACAAGCAGAAUCUGGGAACUCAGUUAUUUAUACCUGGGAAGAUUCUGAAGUAGAAAUAAUCAGGAAUCAAACAAGUGUUGCCCAAGUAACUUUACCUCAUUUGGUCAAGUAGCUUUCUUAGUAGAUACCUGCAAAGCCUUUGAGAAAGCACUCUGUGUCAUCCUGGUUAGCCAGCUGAUUGUAGUGGAUACAGCUCAGAGGGACGCUCUCUAGCUGGCUCCAAAAGUUUCUGUUCAGCAUAAUUGCUGGGGGGGGGGGGGGGAAGAAACCCUCACACCCUCAUGACUAAAAGGAGCUGAAGUGGAGGCACAGCUGAUCUUUUCAGCUCUCAGGAGAUCUAAUACUGCUGCAAAUAAUGUCUCUUCUGCGGGCAGUUGCUAGGAAGCCUCCAGCCCUGAGGGUGCCAUCCAGAUGGUAUCCCAACCAAUUCUGCACUAACAUUUGUGCAGAUACUGCAUGGACAUCUGCAAUGCAUCUUGAGCAUGACGGCUUUAAGAUUCUCCUAAAGGUCUCAAAUCUCAGUAUUCAUUACCGUUAUGAAACAAGCAGGUCUGUCAAGAAGAAAGACAAGACAGAACAGAAAGGCCAGGUUGAAAAAACAGGCCUUCCCAGGGAGAAGGAUUACACCAUGAUUCACAGCACGUUUUUCUGCAAAGCAAUUUCUGAUGUUUUUAAAUAAGAAUAUUUUAAAUAUAAAUUUGAUGUGAGAGAUAUAAUAGAUGGACAGAUAUAAAUGCAUGAAUGAAUAAAAAUAAUUAAUUAGGAUUUGCCAUGACAUGAGCACUGUUGUCCUGAGUUGUGAGCAACUUGGACAUUAAAUCCUAAUUUGGAGAAGCGGGCUAUAUUUUGUCACUGCUUUGGGUAUUUGUUCCUACCUAUAAAGGUAGUCCUCAAAUUACAA